UCCAAAUUUGUUCCACGUCACCUGCUCCUUCACGGAAUUCACAUCGUUCCACAAGCAUUAACUUUGAACGCAGUGACGACAAGCCAUUAAAUACAAAACAACACACACAGACCUCGGAGCACUUUUACUUCAAUUCGUUCUCUAUCUGCUACUAUCAACACCAGUUUCUUGAUGCCACCAAACCACCAGCAACCGACAUUCCCUAAAGGCGAGCCAAUGCUUUGGAACGAAAGCAGUAUCUGUAGCUAUCGCAAGUACUACGCCUCCAAACCUAGUCUAUACUGCGCCUUCUGCUGUUGUGUACUAUACCCCAAAGAAAAGUACCUCUGCACAAACGAAGACAUCCAGUUGCAAGAUUACCCUUGUGUGAAGUGGGAUAUUCCGCCAAUCGUUACAGACGAGUUCAAAGUCGCCAUAUGCAAGUCCCACACUAAAGGCGACGACGAUCUCGUUGCAUACAUGCCAGAACUCCUAAGUCCUGUUCUCGAGUGCACAAAAAACUUGAACUGGCGCGAGCUAGCUUGCAUCUCACCGAUCAGAAUGCUAUCUGAGAUUACUAGACUGGGUUCUAGAAACGGGUCCAUAAUGGGUCACUACAAUCUAGCAGGAGGGCUAAGCCUAGAUUACAAUUACGACUUUGCUGGCAUGCGCUUCGACAGUACACUCGGAGUGAUGUACAGUGAGGAAAACACUACUUCGAUCAAUGUGGCCACCGUGCAACGUGCGUGGAAUGAAACAAAGGCACAAAAACCCAUCCUCAGCGAAUUCGACGAUCCCGUUUUGAAUCAUGAACUCGUUCGAUACUUUGUGAAAAACCACACAAAGAAAAUGCAAACAAUCGGCUGGGACGAAAACAUGAUCAUGCCGGUAAACGACAUUAGACCGACAUCUACAGAUUACGUCGAUCGUUUCGAAAAACUCUCGGUUAAUGCGUCCGGUCAUUCAAGAAUCAAGUUUACCGAUGAUCGCUUGUUUAUGCUUCUGUUCCCUUGGCUCUUUCCAGACCGAACAGGACAGCCCAAAUACUCUGAGCGAGAACGCAUUUCUUUAAAAGACCACUAGAAGUUGCUCUUGUUGAACCCUCGUGACCGACGGUUUGGACAAAGUCCAGCUUUCAUUUUCUUUGCCGCAGACAUGCUCGAAAAAAUCGCUAUCUCGGAAUACAGCCACCGAGUCAU